CACAGUUGAGUAAGGAACACCAGCCACAUUUUUACCACCUUGGCGCUGGAACUUACUCUCUGCAAAGUGGGAACCGCUGUGGCAAAAACCGCCUUUCUGGCAACAACAUGGCCGGUGUGCUAAGUAUAGCUACCGCCCUCGUGUGCUUGCUGUCUCAUGCGUCACCGCUGGAGAUCGACACCUCGGACGGUGGCUACAAAGACAUAUGGGUUUCCAUCAGCGAAGAUGUCCCAUACAACGAGUCCAUCGUUGAGAAUAUCAAGGAUCUGUUCCGCUCAUCGUCCGAGUUCUUGCACAAGGCCACCAACGGACGCGUGUACUUCAAGCACGUAACCAUCGAAGUUCCCAAGACUUGGCCGAAGAGAGCCACCGCCCGUGCGCUGUCGUCCGGAUUCUUCGAGAAGAGCGACAUCCGCGUCGAUCAGCCCAGCGCACCCCACGGGGACAAGCCGUUCACCAUGCAGAAGAGGCGGUGCGGCGAACCCGGCGACUUCAUUCAAGUCACGCCCGGGUUUCUGGCCGCCGUGGGUAGCUCCACGGUUAAGACACUGGUGAACCCAGCGUACGUGAUGGUGCACGAGUGGGCUCACUACCGUUAUGGUGUCUUCGACGAGUACGGCAGCAAGGACGACAGCCGGUUCCCGCUCACUUACUGCCAUGGCGACAAGGUGAAGCUGAACGCUUGCUCGAGCCGGAUCACCUUUACUGCACGUAAGACCAACGGAGGCAAUUGUACGAAGAUAGACACGAAGUGCCGUUUCAUCGACGGAUGUGAAGUCACGCCGAUACAGCCGACCAGGAACCCCGCCGAGUCAUCCAUCAUGUUCAUGCCGUACUUAGCCAACGUGAGCCAGUUCUGCGACGAUAAUGAUGGCCCAAAUUUCCACAACCCGUUUGCUCCAAACAAGCAAAACCACCUCUGCAAACAACAGUCCACUUGGAAAGUUAUCUCUUCGAACGCUGACUUUCAAGAACUUCCCAGUCCAGACCUAUCCAAGUCCAUUCGCGUGACCUUCGAAGAAGCCCAGCAGACGGAAGACCUCGCGCCCCGCGUCGUCCUUGUACUGGACGUUUCGGGCAGCAUGAACGACAACAGACGCCUGGAGUUUCUUCAGGAAUCGGCGACACGCUACAUUGGCGACAUCAAAGACGGCUCCCGUCGACUAGCCAUCGUCACGUUCAGUUACGACUCUCGCGUGGUGCACACCCUGAUGCCGGUGAAUGUGAACACAAGAGAUGGGUUCCUGAAUGCCAUAAACAAGUUGCGAGCGUAUGGAGCCACCUGUAUCGGAUGCGGCCUUGAAAGCGCUCUAAAGGUGCUGACAACCGCCAGUGAGACGCCGGAAGGUGCCAUGAUUGUGCUCAUGAGUGACGGAGAGGAGAACCAGCACCCACCAAUCGCUGAAGUGCUCGAAGAAGUUAUCGCCUCAAAAGUCGUUGUCAAUACUCUGGCCUUGGGAGCCACGGCUGACCACAACCUAGAAAAACUGGCCACGUCGACGCGAGGAAAGGCCUUCGCUUUCCGCGACCUCAAUAACCUUGUGGAAAAACUAGAGUCCGCCUUCGUGUCGUCCACUACGACCCAGCACGACCCCGUCUCUCGAGCCCACACGAACAUCCCGCGAACGGGAACGAUUGAAGCCCGCCUCACAGAUCCCAGUGGCCAACCGUGCCAGCAGUGCAAAAGUACCCCGAACGGCAAUGAGGUCGUCAUCUCCUUACCAAGUCCUGCAAUGGUCGGUACUUGGACCCUUCACGUGGAAAGCUCCAGCUCCAGAAACGUUGAAGUCAGCAUCAGCGUCAAGUCACAGGCUAGCAAGACCAACGACGAGCCCAUCCGAGUAUCGUGCGAAAUGAGCGGCCUGUUGGUGGACAGGCCCGACGGAGCUGUGAUCUACGCCGUGGUGACCAAGGGAACAAAAGUAGUCUUGGACGCCUCCGUCUUCGCUACGGUCUACCGUCCCAAGAAGCUGAACGAGCCGCACACGGUCACGAUCCCGUUGUAUGACAAUGGACAAGAUCCUGACAUUAAAGCCAACGACGGAACGUACAGCGGAUACUUCGUCCAGUUCACAGGCAAAGGUCGCUACGCAGUAACAGCACACGUCUCGCAACAGAAAACCACGCGGCUGGCCGAACCACCAAGUGGCUCCGGUAGCUUCUUCAGCACGGCGCUGUUUUCUGCGAGCACAGCACCGACCACGAUGACAGCAGAAGGAACAACUGCGGCUUUAGAACUACAGUCCGAGUACCCCAUCAGCGACUUCGAGAUGGUGGAUUCGACGGGUCAAGCCACCAAUGCAACAGGAGAGGAGGCGGUAGAUCCAUUCGAGAGAGUGGCAUCCGGGGGGUCGUUCCAAGUGACGACAGACUUGGAGCAGAAGCAAGUACCUCCUGGAGACAUCCGGGACCUUACCGUCAUUGAGGUACGCCCGGGUGUGAACAACUCGAUGGUCGUGGAGCUUACGUGGACGUGGCCCGGAGCUCAUUUGACUCUCGGAAACGUCUCAGGCGUAGAGAUUCGAGCCAGCAGAAAGUUCGGCGAGCUAAGCUCGGCGUUCGAUGAGCAAGCCAAUGUCACUGCCGCCGACGUCGUGCAAGGGAACCUCGAUCCGCUACCCCCGUGGCUCCAAGCACACCGUCAGCCGUGUACCUGCCCCGCAUCAUGUUCUACGCUUCGUUCGGACGGCGCCUCGGUCUGGAGUGGAUACCUGGCGGCUCGCGUCGUAAACGCAGACGGUCUUUAUUCGAAGACGUCGAACAUCGUUCAAGUGUUCCACGUUUCAUCACCUGUAACAACCACGGCGGCUACAACUACCGUGGCUACAACCACGACGAAAGUGACCACAACAGUGGCCACUAAAACGACAGCUAGCACCACCCAAAAAGCAAUGACCACCACCGUUCCAUCGCUGACAGAUGUUACACGGGCGCGCACUGGCGUGUCGACCUGGGUGUGGAUUCUGAUCGGCUGCCUUGUCGCAGCGGCCUUAGUGGUCACGUUGAUGGCACUAGCCGUCAAAAUGAACCCAUCGAAACGCAAGAUCUACCGUCUUUUUGUGAGAAAGCCCCGACAAAGGCUGCAAGAUUCUGCGUAG